AUCAGUAGUGUAUUCGCAGAUAUCCACAGUACAUUGUGAAAGGUGACUGCGGGAGGAGAAGGUUGUUUAUAGACUAUGUUCAGGAGGUAAAUAAUCACAGGAUAUACGGAGACUACCAGCAUACUAACAAGUAUAUAUUUUUUUACUUCUAAAAAGUAAAAGGAUUCUUUUUGUUCCAAGCAUGGCUGGUUCAGCGACGCAACCCACUGAAAACAGCAUGGCGAUGGAUGGAAAGUUUGAGAUUGACGAAGAAGGAGGCCCCAAGAAGUCGAGCGGUUACUACUGCACGACAGGUCAGCUCCUCUUUCUCGCCAUAGUCGGUGCUGGUAUCAUUGCCGGUGUGGGAUGUAUGGCUUACUACCUACCCGACCGUUCCUGUGAGCUACCUCCCACCGAGGAACCCGGGAAGGUCACGGAACCUCAGGUACAACCCACGGAACCUAGGGUGACGGAACCACCGGUGACGGAGCCACAUGCGACGGAACCGCGCGCCACCACGCAUAUGAUGUCACCAACUCCGACCGAUGGAAUAUGGGACGGUCGUCUUCCCCGUGACCUCAUACCAGAAAAUUAUCAACUUUACCUCAAACCCUACCUGUAUGACGAGGACCUUCGGCCAAAUACGGACGACCGGAGGUUCACUUUCGACGGUAGGGUAAAGAUCGUGAUGGAAUGUAAAAUGGAUACUGACGUCAUCACCCUCCACAUCAACAACAUCACCAUCAGAUCGCACAGCCUCGAGUCGAAGAACGGAGACAUGAUCGACGUCACACACGUUAGCUACACACCAGAGUACCAGUUUGUCCACUUCCACCCCGCUACGAUGUUGAAGGAGGGAACGGGCUAUGUACUGGAGAUCGAGUACCUAGGAGAACUGUGGGACGGUCUGGCUGGUUUCUACCGUAGCAGCUACACGGAAGGAAACGAAACUAGAUGGCUCGCCACAACCCAGAUGCAGCCUACCGAUGCCCGCCGAGCCCUUCCAUGCUUCGAUGAACCCGAUCUUAGAGCUAUCUUCUACACCGAGAUCGAACAUCGUAAAGACAUGGUCGCCCUCUCUAACGGCAUCGAGGAAGGCGAGAGGGACGGUAGCAAUACUGGCUGGAUGAUCACCAACUACAGGGCCACUCCCAAAAUGUCCACUUAUCUUCUUGCUUUCGUCGUCGGCUACUUUGACAAGACAGAAAUGUAUACUGAAAAUGACGUCCGUUUCCGAGUAUGGUCACGACCAGAGGCGGUCGAGUCGACAAGAUACGCUUUGGAUAUUGGAGCUAAUAUCACCACAUACUUUGAGAAAUAUUUUGAUACACCUUUCCCUCUUUCAAAGCAAGAUAUGAUUGCCGUACCCGAUUUUUCAGCUGGAGCUAUGGAGAAUUGGGGUCUUAUCAUUUACCGUGAAACCGCUCUUCUCUACGAUGACAAGGUCAACUCAGCAAGCAACAAGCAACGUGUUGCCGUUGUGGUGUCCCACGAACUCGCUCACCAGUGGUUUGGUAAUCUCGUCACCCCUAUAUGGUGGGAUGAUCUUUGGCUCAAUGAAGGAUUUGCAAGCUAUGUUGAAUACCUUGGUGUUGAUUACGUGGAACCAGAUUGGGGAAUGAGAGAACAAUUCGUCGUUGUGGAUCUGCAGUCGGUAUUCGAACCAGACUCUCUUGGUACGUCACAUCCGGUCAGAGUACCUGUUAACUCACCAGAUGAAAUCAAUGAAAUUUUUGAUUCUAUUUCAUACAGCAAGGGAGCUUCAAUUAUCCGUAUGUUGAAUAAUUUCUUGGGUGAGGAGGUUUUUGUUGAUGGUCUAAGCUACUACCUCAAUAGUCAUAAAGAGAGUAAUGCUGAUUCUGAUGAUCUAUGGUUUGCUCUCAAAGAGGCAGAUGUAGGUAAGGGUAACAACGACGUCAAGGCCAUCAUGGAUACCUGGACAUUACAGAUGGGUUACCCCGUCGUCGAUCUCCGCCGCCACGGCGCUAACCAACUCAAUGCUUCACAAGAACAUUUCCUCGUCAAUCCAGAAGCCGGAGUCGAUGACAAAUAUAUCGACCUCGGAUAUUUGUGGUAUGUAUACCUGACCUACACGCAGAAAACAGGAGCCGAUUUCACCACACCUCAUUAUACGUGGAUUGAGAAAGAACCUUGGGCCCUUGUCAAUCUCUCUUCAAGCAUGGCUGCUGAUGACUGGUAUCUGGCUAACAUCCAACAAUUUGGUUUUUAUCGAGUAAAUUAUGAUAAUGAAAACUGGGCUCGUCUAAGUCAACAGUUGGUACAGAAUCACACGGUGCUCCCGAACGAGAACCGCGCCCAACUGAUCAACGACGCCUUUAGUUUAGCUAGGGUGGGGCGUGUGGAUUACCCCAUCGCUCUUAAUAUAACCCUCUAUAUGGAUAAAGAAAUGGAUUAUAUCCCUUGGGAAGCAGCACUUGGUGUUAUAUCCUACAUUACAGAUAUGUUUAGCAGGUACUCCGGCUACGGACCUUUGGAGAGGUACAUGCGCAAACAAGUUGAGAACCUGUAUAACUCACUGGGAUGGGAGGACGAUCCAGUCAAUGACCCACAUCUUACUCAGUAUAACCGAAUCAACGCCGUUGGAACUUCAUGUAGAUAUCGCAACCAAGAUUGUCUAGACUACGCCUCAGAUCUAUAUCACAUGUACAUGGAAAACGAUGCUAAUAAUACUGCAAACCUACCUGAUUAUGAAAUCAACCCCAUUACACCUAACCUGAAGACGACUGUCUACUGCUAUGGAAUCCAAGAAGGUGGCCAAGAAGAAUGGGAUUUCGGCUGGAAGAAAUACGGAGACACUAAUGAUGCAGCUGAACAAAAUAAAUGGCUCUAUGCCUUGGCUUGUUCACAAUCACCAUGGAUUCUAAGCAGAUACCUGGAUUAUUCUCUUGAUCAAAAUUAUCUUCGAAAGCAAGAUUCAUCUUACGUCAUAAGAUACGUGUCACAGAACUACAUAGGCCGUUCGUUAGCAUGGGACUUCCUCCGAAACGAAUGGGACACAGUAUACGAUUAUUACGGCGGAAGUUCGUUUUCGUUCAGUAAUAUAAUUGCUGACGUUACAGCAGACUUCAACACCGAGCUCGAACUACAAGAGCUGAGGGAUUUCGCCGCAGACGGUAAGGAUUUCGGAUCUGCAGCAAGGACAUAUGAACAGGCUAUUGAGAAGACAGAAGCAAAUAUCGCUUGGAUGAAUAAUAAUGCUAUGGAUGUAGCAAAUUGGUUCGAGGGAGCCGCACCCAUGAUUGGAAUGUAAAGGCAGACCACGCCCAAAUUACCAUUCCCCGAUCGAUGAGGGCGUCAACCCCCGGUAUACCAUCAUGACUACCACUGAUAUGAUAUCAUCAUCGUCAGAAUUAUCAUCUCCAGUUCUAUCGCCCGUUGUAAUGUCUAGAGGAGUUUUAUCGGAGGAUUUGUCAAGCUCAGAUAUGUCAGAGACAUUUCCCCUCUCUAAAUACAUGGAUAUUAAGCAAUCCGAUACACCCCUUUUCUCCCAAUGAAAGACGAAAAUUCAUAAAGUUAGUUGUUUUUAAAGUGGAUUAUAAAGAUCUGUGCGGUUUCUUUUUUAGGAUUGGUGAACCCACUUCUGCAUAACAUGUCUCCACACCAAUUAAUAUAUUUGUUUUUUUCCUUUUAACACUGUAGCAAUUUCUAAACGUUUGUAUUCAUAACAAUUUUAUUCUAAAUUCCUCAAUUUUACCGAGUUACCACCCUUAGCAUCCAUAUUUUGAAGAAAAGAAAGCGAACGCUGUAUUUUUAGAUAUUUUGUUUCCUUUUUCACAACAAACAACAACACCAAAACAAAUGCUACAUGUUUGCGAAACCGUACCAGUAUUUCGCGAAUAAGAAAUAAGAGUCUUUUUGUUGGUCGUCAAUGUCUUAAUUUAGUGUUCUGUGUCAGAAUGUAACAAAAUAUUGUGAAAUAUUCAGAUUGUAUAUCAAAUUACUUGAACUCGUAGUUUGUCUGAGACCACUGGUGUUUUUUUUCUUAUACUUUGUCUUCUUUUCUUUUAUGAUUCACGUUCCUAUUUUUCCCAAUAUUUUCAUGGGCCAAAGUGCUUUUGCUGUUUAUUUUUUAUUAGUAGUAUGUUUUUUCAUCUAGUUAGAAAUAAUAAAGACAUACAUUUCAGGAAUGUAUUUUCACAUGUGUUUGAUUGUAAUACAUAAGUAGUUUAUAUAACAGAAUCAUUUUGGAAAAAAACUAAAUGAGUGAUAAUGUUAUUGAUAUCCAUUGAAGAUAUCAUGUAUUCUUUGUGGCAUGCAUAUUCAAUAUUUCUGAUACGAAAAAGAGCCUUUGUUGUAAUGACAAAGGGAAUUUGAAUAAGAUAUAACCUCGUCUAUUGGCGCUACAGACUUGUGUGUACAUAAUGGAUAUAUUAUGCGAGAGAAUUGUAUUUUCAUCUUUAUCAUAAUAGAAUUUAAUUGUAUAGAAAAAAAUGUUUGUGAUCUUGGUAUAAGUAAUACAAACUAUAAUUUCUGAUAUAAAUCUAAACCAAAUACAACCAAAGCAAAAACUGUCAAAAUCAAGACGAAACAAUGCCAGUGAGUUGUUUUCAUGAUACUCAAUAAAGGAAUUGUGCUUUGGUUUUUCAAUCGUCUUUGAAAGCCGCUGUUAACUACGAUCAAGGCAACUCUUAAAGUCCGAGUCUUAGAGAAGAAAUGGGUCAUUGUAUAAGACGUCAGGAUAUGAAUUUAUAUCCGUUACACAAUUUAUUAUUUUAAGAAUGAUAACCGAUCUCAGUGUAAUUAGAUCUUCCAAUAUAAUCAACCAGAACAAAAUCAAAAUCAAAUAAAAAUCGAAGACAAGUUCAUCACUGUUUAUAGGAAGAUUUCGUGAAGCGAUUAGAAUUUUUAAAUCCAAUUACGAUGCUGAAUUCCCUCAGAAACAAAUCUAAUACAUUAUUCAAUUUCUGGUCAUCGAAAUGGUUCAUAUUUGACUGUUCAUGUCUGCUGAUGAUAUUAUGGAAAAAGAAAUCGGGUCGUAGUUACAUCGUUAAGCGUGCACUUGACUAGAAAUUAUUAAAUACUUAGUAAUUGUCUGUAAAUAAAUUUAUGUUUUUUUACCAGACAUAAUGUACGUUUUUCAUUUACAAAUAUAUGUAUAUAACUCGAGAAAUUUCUUGUCCAUGUCCACGCUGGGCGUGUAUUAGCUAGGAGUUGUCAUCGAUUUCAUAUUUAGAACCAAUAUUUUAUUGAAGUGAUUGAACUGUAUACGAUGCUUACUGUUUUGAGAUACUAAAAUGAUGGUUAUUCAUGAAAAAUGACACAUGAUGAUGCCGCGCUCUAUUAAUAUUUCAUUUUGUUUGGUCGACCCCAAAAAGAGGCAUAUACGUUAUUCGCUUAUUUACAUCAAGACAUUGUUUGUGAUGUCAUUUCAACAAAAGACACUUCUUCUUUUACCGCCAUCUCCCCUUUUCUGAUACUAUCACCUUCAAAGAUCAUUUUGGAAUAUUUUUCGUCAUCAAUACAAUUAGGCUUACAUGUUCAUGUGAAAGUACGAGUUUAUUUUGGAAAUGGUAUAAGUCUAUAUACCACCAUGUUCAUUUCAUGCAGUCUACUAGUCGAAUACAAACUUGCAUUAAAAAUGCACUUCAAAUCACUGAUUACUUAGAAAUUUUAUUGAUUACCGGAUGUUCCUAAAUGUUAUUGUUAUCUCAGAGAUUUCUUACACUCAGUCUUUUAGAAAUAGUAUAGAAUAGCUGACGUUUCAAACGCAAUAUACAUAAUGUUUAGUACUUGUAUAUUCCGAAAGAUUUGAAUGUAUUUGAUUGCCAUUGUCAUUCAACUACCUUGUGUAUUUUCAAAUCAACUAUAUAUAUAUAGAUAAAUUCAAAGAAAGUCGCUAUCACCAUUGAUUUUUUUUUCAGUAAAAUGUGCACAUUUUUGAAUUUGUAUGAAGAUAUUUGAAUUGAUCAUUAUUACGAGGUAUCAAGUGAUGUAUUUAUAAUGAUUGUGUUAUGAACUAUGUUGAUUUUUAUUGAAUAAAAUAUA